CAUCCCUCUCCAUGACAAAGCCUGCUUACUCAGCUCGCAGCAAGCAAGUCUUCCUCCUCCUCUUCUACCCUCUAGCUAGCUAGCUUUCUCGAUCCUCCAUAUAUACAACACACACACUAGAUGAGGCCUGAGCUAGUCCACUGCACACCAACAAAAACCUCAUACUAGAUCAAUCGAAUCGAUGGGGAUCUAGGUAGCUAAUUCUUGAUCUUCCUGGUUUGCUUAUCUGCAAUUUCAUGGCGCACAAGAUCCAGGGCAUCAUGGUGUGAAGAAAACAACUAAUUAAUCAAGAAAGCUUUGCUAGCUAGCCACCAAGAAGAAGAAGAGCAGAUCAAGAAAGGAGCAGAGAUCAGUUAGGUUAGGUGCAGAUGGCCAACAGGUGGUGGGACGAAGGCCGGUUGACGGAGGCGCCGCCUGCAUCAGGCCUCGCCAGCAACCAGAACCAGAACCAGAACCAGCAGCAGCAGCAGCUGGAGGACGCCAUGGCGGCGCCCAAGGUCGACGGGGAGAGCAGCAACAGCGGAGGGGGCAGCGGGCAGGACGACGAGCCCAAGGAGGGCGCGGUGGUGGUGCCGGCGAACCGCCGCCCGCGCGGCCGGCCCCCGGGCUCCAAGAACAAGCCCAAGCCGCCCAUCUUCGUCACGCGCGACAGCCCCAACGCGCUGCGCAGCCACGUCAUGGAGGUGGCCGGCGGCGCCGACGUCGCCGAGUCCAUCGCCCACUUCUCCCGCCGCAGGCAGCGCGGCGUCUGCGUGCUCAGCGGCGCCGGCACCGUCGCCGACGUCGCCCUGCGCCAGCCCUCCGCGCCGGGGGCCGUCGUCGCGCUGCGCGGCCGCUUCGAGAUACUCUCCCUCACCGGCACCUUCCUCCCCGGGCCCUCGCCGCCGGGCUCCACGGGGCUCACCGUGUACCUGGCCGGAGGGCAGGGGCAGGUGGUCGGGGGCAGCGUCGUGGGCGCGCUCACCGCAGCCGGGCCCGUCAUGGUGAUCGCGUCCACCUUUGCCAACGCCACCUACGAGCGGCUGCCGCUGGACGACGCCGAGGAGGAUCACCACCAGCUCGACGCCGCCCGCAGGCACGGUGCCCCCGGUGCUGGUGUUCCUCUUCCUCCGAUGAUGGCCGGCGACCCCUCCGCCACGGGGAUGCCGAUGUACGGCGUGCCGCCGAACCUGAUGCCGGGAGGUGGCGGGCACGCGGCACCGGAAUGGGCGGCGCAUGCACGGCCGCCCUACUAGCUACCUACCUAGCAUCAAUCAGUCAGGACUUCAGGAGUGGUCCAUGUGUCGACCUCUCCGAGCAUCAUCAAGAUCAGAUCUUCAACAAAGUCCAUCGUCAUACCAAUAACUAGAGAAGAACUUGCAUUGCAUAUACAUCUAGCAGCUGGUAAUUAACUAGAAUCUCUGCUUAAUUUGCUUUUGCUUAUUAUCUGUGAAAAAUCAUCUGGAGUUGCUUGCUCUAAUUCAUGUAUGAGGAAUUAUAUAUAUAUGAGCUCCUUUUACUGCCA